AAAGUUUCAUCCCACUGCGGUGGACUCGCACGUCAGCUUGCAAUCGACCUCAUCACACGCGGCACACCCACCUGAGGGGCCGGGCUUUCACGGAGAGUGAGACGGAAGGCGGACGAAGAUUGGGAGAUGGCGGCCGCGUUGAGACCGGCGAUCCUUCGCCACAUCCGGAUCCCCGUCCAAACCCUAGGUCGAUCGAGACCUCUCCCAUGCCUCCAUCCACUCCCGACCUCGAUGAUCCGAUCUAUGUCCUCCCACGGCGACGACCAUCUCACCAGGGAGGAAGUCGUCGAGCGGGUCCUCGACGUUGUCAAGAGCUUCCCCAAGGUGGAUCCGUCCAAGGUUAACCCUGACGUCCAUUUCCAGAAGGAUUUGGGCCUAGAUAGCUUGGAUACUGUGGAGAUCGUGAUGGCCUUGGAGGAGGAGUUCAAGCUGGAGAUACCGGACAAGGAGGCGGACAAGAUCGAUUCGUGUAGCCUGGCCAUUGAGUACAUCUCUAAUCAUCCCAUGGCGGUUUAAUCAGGAGGAAGACUGGGGUAAGGUUGCUGUUUCUUGUAUUUUUUUCUCCUUUUGUUUGGAACUUGAGGAACAGUUGGUCUCCAUGGUUUAGGAUUGUCUCCUGAAUAAUUGGACCCUAGAAUGGAUAGGAAAUAAGCUUUUCCAUGUCUACAGUUUGGAGCUGGGCGUUGUUGACUGGCAUUAAUGUUGGCUUCUUGAGAAUGUCUUUCGGAUUUUAUCUAAUUCUUCUAUUUUUUUUCUUUGUU